AUGUCUGGGUUUGAUGAUUUGGGAGUAUUUUUCAGUGACAAUUUUGGUUCUGAAGAUCAGCCCGAUGAUCAACAUAUCAACAGGCAAGAAAUAAAAAAACGAUUGAAAGAUUUUAUCCGUCAAUUCCACGAAGGUAACUUCAGCUAUAAAUAUCGUGAUUUACUGAAACGACAUUACAAUACUGGGAAUUAUUGUUUGGAGGUAAACUUGGAAGAUUUGUCCAACUUUGAUGAAAGCUUGGCUGAAAAAAUCCAUAAACUUCCUGCAGAACACAUUCCUUUGUUUGAAGAUGCUGUUAAAGAAGUGGCAGAUGAGAUCACCCAACCUCGUCCUGAGGGGGAGGAGACAGUUCAAGAUAUCCAGAUUACUCUGCGAUCCAAUGCUAAUCCAAUACCAAUGAGAAAUCUGAAGUCUGACCAAAUGGCAAGUCUUGUGAUGAUGUCAGGAAUUGUGAUUGCUGCAUCACUGUUAAAGCAAAGGCAACAAAACUUGCUAUUCAAUGUCGCAGCUGUCACCCUCAAAUUACAGGAAAAUCCUGAAGAUGUCCCUAAUGGGGAACUUCCAAGACAUAUGCAACUUUAUUGUGAUAGGUAUUUGUGUGAUAAAGUUGUUCCAGGAAACAGAGUAUCUGUAAUUGGAAUCUUUUCUAUCAAGAAAUCUGGACCAUCCUCAAGGAAAAAUGCACGUGAUAAAGUGAAUGUUGGAAUUCGUGCCCCUUAUUUUCGUGUGUUGGGCAUUGAUAUGGAUGGAAGUGGUCAGACAUCUAGCAUUCAGCUGACCCCAGCAGAAGAGGAGGAAUUCAUUCAAUUGGCUGCCCAUCCCAAUUUAUAUGAAACUAUUGCAAAGAGCAUUGCGCCAUCCAUUUGGGGUAGUGUGGACGUAAAAAAGGCUAUUGCAUGCCUUUUGUUUGGUGGGUCACGCAAACGCUUACCCGAUGGUUUGACACGGAGAGGGGAUGUUAAUCUGCUUAUGUUAGGAGAUCCUGGAACAGCUAAAAGUCAGCUUCUAAAAUUUGUUGAACAAGUCUCGCCCAUUGGAGUUUAUACUUCAGGCAAAGGCAGUAGUGCUGCUGGAUUAACAGCAUCUGUCAUUAGAGAUCCUCAAUCACGUGGAUUUAUAAUGGAAGGAGGUGCUAUGGUGCUAGCUGAUGGUGGAGUGGUAUGCAUUGAUGAAUUUGAUAAAAUGCGAGAAGAUGACAGGGUAGCCAUUCAUGAAGCCAUGGAACAACAAACCAUUUCCAUUGCCAAAGCUGGAAUUACAACUACAUUGAAUUCUCGUUGUUCUGUUCUUGCUGCUGCCAAUAGUGUGUUUGGUCGAUGGGAUGAUACCAAAGGCGAAGAGAACAUUGAUUUUAUGCCAACCAUUUUGUCCAGGUUUGACAUGAUCUUCAUCAUCAAGGAUGAACAUGAUGAAAAUAGAGAUGUUACUUUAGCAAAACACGUGAUGAAUGUUCAUUUGAAUUCUUUACAACAAACUGAGAAACAGGAAGGAGAAUUGAGUCUAGAAACUUUGAAAAAAUAUAUUUCAUAUUGUCGAUCAAAAUGUGGUCCCAGGAUUUCUUCAUCUGCUGCUGAGAAGUUAAGUGGGCGAUAUGUUAUGAUGAGAAAUAGUGCCAGUGAAUAUGAAAGAGAGACUGGCAAGAAAAUUGGUAUACCAAUUACUGUACGACAACUUGAAGCCAUUGUUAGGAUUGCAGAAUCUCUUGCGGAGAUGCGUUUGGCAGCAUUUUCCACAGAUGCAGAUGUUGAUGAAGCUCUGAGACUGUUUCAAGUGUCAACACUUGAUGCUGCCAUGUCAGGACAUCUUUCUGGUGCUGAAGGCUUUACAACUGAAGCAGACCAAGAAAUUAUUUCCAGAAUUGAAAAACAGUUGAAACGUCGCUUUGUGAUUGGAUCUCAAGUGUCAGAAUAUGCCAUUGUACAAGAUUUCUUAAGACAGAAUUAUCCAGAACGUUCCAUCUACAAAGUGCUUACAUUAAUGUUACGCCGUGGGGAAUUGCAACACCGACUGCAAAGAAAAAUGUUAUAUCGCAUAAAAUGA